AUGGAUAAAGCAAAUAAUUCUGUGGUAUCAGAAUUUGUGCUUUUGGGGCUUUGUGACUCUGGUGAGCUGCAGGUCUUCUUGUUUUUAUUGUUUUCUAUGCUUUACUUGAUCAUCAUUUUAGGCAACAUCCUGAUUAUUCUCUCAGUCAUCAGUGAUCCUAAUCUCCACUCUCCCAUGUACUUCUUGCUGGCCAACCUCUCUUUUGUUGAUUUAUGGCUUUCCUCAGUCACAACACCAAAGAUGAUUAUGGACUUUCUUAGAGAAAGCAAGACCAUCACCUUUGGGGGCUGCAUGUGUCAGAUCUUGUUUGGUCAUUUUGUUGGAGGGGGUGAGAUGGUGCUCCUCGUGGUCAUGGCUUAUGAUCGCUAUGUGGCCAUAUGCAAGCCACUUCACUAUACAACCAUCAUGAGCCAGCAAAAAUGCAUUGGACUUGUAGUGAUCUCAUGGACUAUUGGGUUUGUGCAUUCAGUGAGUCAACUGGCUAUGGUCAUAGAUUUGCCCUUCUGUGGCCCUAGAGAGAUGAACAGUUUUUUUUGUGACCUCCCCCUGGUAAUUGAGCUUGCCUGCAUGGAUACUUAUAUACUAGGACUAAUGGUAAAUGUUGAUAGUGGAAUCCUUGCCUUGAUUUGCUUCUUUCUUUUGCUGAUCUCAUAUACCCACAUCCUACUCACUGUGUGUCAUCACUCUACGGAUGGAGCAGUCAAAGCAUUAUCCACCUGUUCUGCUCACAUCAUGGUUGUGGUGAUAUUCUUUGGACCCUGUAUCUUCAUCUAUCUGUGGCCACUCAACAUAACCUCAGUGGAUAAGUUUCUUGCAGUAUUUUACACAAUCUUUACACCUCUGUUGAACCCUGCCAUAUAUACUCUGAGAAACAAAGACAUGAAGAUUGCUCUGAGGAAACUGAGAGAUCAUUUGUAUUUGAAUUGA